AUGAACGAUAACACCAAAGUUACUCUAUCAAAAAGAAUCUUAGAAAUUGAAAAAUCUAACUUUGAAAUAAAAAAGGCAAACAAGGUAGUCUACGGAGUUCCAAGAUCAUUUCAAGUGAUAACCGAUACGUUUGAAGGUUUCAGAAGAAAACAAGCUGCGAAGUCUCAGGAACCUACUCAAGAAAUCAUGGAACCUGAAAUAAAAAAACCGUCAAUUGACGAAACCAAUAUUUCGAAAACAAAUAAAAAUCGAAAUAUCAAGAUAAAACGUGUAAACGUAAGAAAAUAUGAACAAGAAACUUUUAUCAUGUGA